AUCAUUCACAAGUCUCACUCCUUCGUUGACCAAAUCACGCUCAAAGAUUACCCAAUAUUCCAACAUCAGAUCUCUAGGAUAUUAUUAUCACAGCACACUCAAUGGAACUUGCCGGUCGUUUCAGCCAUUCCAGCGGUGCGUCACUGCAUCCUCACGUCUCCAUCUCCAACUACUACCUUCACUUUCACGACGAACGAUGUCUUCUUCCUCUGGAAACACUUUUUAUGAUUUGAAAACAGAGCUGCCUAGCGGGCAAUCAUACGACUUUGAACAACUCAAAGGGAAGGUUGUCUUGAUUGUCAAUGUUGCAUCGAAGUGUGGUUUCACUCCCCAAUACAAAGGCCUUCAGGCUUUGUACGACAAGUACAAGGAACGCGGCUUCGUCAUUCUUGGCUUCCCAUGCAAUCAAUUUGGCGGCCAAGAGCCUGGUGACGACGCCGCCAUUGCAUCUUUCUGCGAGCUCAAUCACGGCGUAAACUUUCCUCUUAUGAAGAAGUCUGACGUCAAUGGCGACAACACGAGCCCUGUUUACCAAUGGCUCAAGAACGAGAAGCCUGGCCUCAUGGGCCUCGCCAGAAUCAAGUGGAACUUUGAGAAGUUCUUGGUUGACAAGAACGGGAAAGUUGUGAACCGCUGGGCAUCGACGACUACUCCUCAGGCGAUUGAUGCUACAGUGGAGAAGCUUCUUGCUGAGUGAUGCCGUUGGAUGCAGCACAGGUUUUUGGAUCGUAGUACCGUGAUGUGUCGCGACGGCACAGACACUUCGCUCUUUGUAAGAGGCAUAUUUUGUAAUCAAUUAUUAAAAAAGCUCGUCAUUCAAAUAUCUUCGAAAAGGCUGUGCUUCGAUCCUGUCCUGAUGUCUGAGAUCC